UUAGUUAACUUGUGAAAAUGUCGCAGUAAACCUGUAAUUGAUAGACAACUGACCGGGUUUAGUCCAGGUUAACGGACAAUCGGUGGGUUUAGGUGGGAGAAUGGAGACGUUCAGUAAGCUAACCAGCAUGCUUCUGCACGCGCUGGAGACGAGGGAGCCCACAGUGGACCUUCUGGAUUCCUUUGUGGAUCAUUGGAAAUCAAUCACAAACUAUUACAUCGAGACAACAGAUGACAGUCGUCCUGUCAGACAGACAGAGAUCCCCUGGCGUCUCAGACAGAUGUUGGACAUCUUGGUGUAUGAGGAGAAACAACAGUUGGUGGAGGACACAGGCGUGUGCAUGGAGUAUCUGCUGCAGCACAAACUGUUGGAGACUCUGGUCACUCUGGGGAAAGCUCAGUAUCCUCCAGGUAUGUCUCAGCAGGUGUUGUUGUUCUUCUCGAAGCUGUUGUCUCAGGUGCAGAAACCUUUGCUUCACCUGGUGAAUGUCUACAGACCUGUACAGAAGCUGAUUCGUCUCUGUGCACUUCCUGGUUCCCAAACGGAGAAGGAGGAAGCUCAGUUCCUAUUGGUCGUCUGCUCCAGAGUCAAACAGGAUCCGCACAUGCUCAGAUAUGUCUUAGAGAUUCUGGACCAACCAGCAGCCAGGACUCCAGCUUCUGACCAAUCACAGCUCGACACACAGGUGUCCAAUCAGAGGACAGAGACACCAGCGUCCUCCAGCCAAUCAGAUUCAUCAGGCUCCAGUCCUGUCCAAUCAGAGAGCAGUCUGCUGUUGGCUCUGCUGCAGCUCACCAAGGAUAAGAGGGGCGGAGUCAGUCUGAAAGCCUAUGAAAGCCUCCUGCUGCUCUCUGGACUCCAGUCUGGAUCCUCAGGGGAGGUUCUGUCAGAUCAGACCCAGCUGGGAGAGCUGCUGACUGGGAGGCUGACGAAGCUUUACUCCCUGCUGCCUCUGGAGAGUCUGGAUCCUGGACAGGUGCAGAGCUGGCCCCAGACACCAUGGAGUUCUCAGUUCUCUCGCUGCAGCUCUGAUCUCAGGUCAGAGUCUCCUGCUUCUGAUCACAUGACCAACUUCUUCUCCUGGUUUGACUUCCUGGAUCACCUGAUAAGAGAGGCCCCACAGGUGUUGUCAGUGAAGUUAUCUCAGUGUGUUCAUCAGUUGUGGUUGGUGGAUGUUCUUCAGCCUCAGCUGCUGAACACGUGUGAACAGGUGGUCCUGGUCUCCACUUCCGUCCUCUGUGCUGCUGUCAGACUGGUCCAGUCCUCCUCUCUGUUGGAUCAGCUGGUCCACUUCCUGUUGAGGACACACCCCCUGACACACCUGCUGCUGCAGCGCUGUGACCACAUCUCAGACCAGAUCAGCAUGGCGUCCCUGUCUCUGGUAGAGGAGUUACUACAGAAGCCUCACAGGGACAUUUUGGAGGUCCUGGUGUUGAGUUAUCUGCGGGGGCGGGCUUACCUGUCUCCAUCAGCUGCAGGUGUGGACGACAGACACACAGAGAGCAACGAGGACAGCGAGGAUCUGGAGGAGGAUCCCUUCUUCUCUGACAGCUUGUUCUCAGACAGUCAGCUCCUUCCUCCUCCUCCUCCUCCUCCUCCCCUCCCCCCCUCUGCUCCUCUUCCCUCUGGGCUGGGAUCAACUGCUGAUGUCAUCAACAGUUUCCUGUGUUUGGUUCCUGUUCAGGUUCGAUCAGCUCAGCUGCUGCAGGAGGGAGGAUACGAGUCAUAUGUUCAUGAUGCUCACACACUGGUGACCGACUGCCAGUCUCUCUCUCAGUCGUGGGAUUGGCCACCCAGUCUUCCUCCCUCCUCCUCCUCAGGUGAGGGGGAGGAGUUCUCCGAGGGUCAUCUGUUCAAAGUUCUGUUUGACCGACUGGGACGCAUCCUGGAGCAGCCGUACGAGUUGAACCUGCAGCUGACGGCGGUUCUGUCCAGACUGUCGGCCUUCAACCAUCCACUGCUGCAUGAGUACCUGCUCAACCCCUACAUACACCUGUCUCACUGCUCCAGGUCACUCUUCUCCGUCCUCAUUAGGGUGAUGGGAGACUUGAUGCAGAGGAUCCAACAGAUUUCCAGUCUGACGGACAGACUGUUGAACACUAGGAGACGCCUGCUGGGACUGAGCCACAACACUGGGCUGGAGUACCUGACCCUGCUGAGGGGGGUCAUUGUCCUGGAGGAGUUCUGUAAAGAGCUUGCCGCCAUUGUCUUCGUCAAACUGCCCCUAGACCAGCAGUGACUCACCUGGACCAGAACAGAUUCACCUGGACCAGCUAGACAGGUACUUCUGACAAACCUGGGGCUGGUAUACACUGACCGCUACAGCUGACACAGGUGGACUAGGCAGUUUGGUACAGGUUCACCUGGCAGUCCUGCUGCACCUGGAACAGACAGGAAGUGGACUCACUAUCUAAGAUAAGACGCAUCUUUAUAUCUUUAUUGAUCGAUGUUGUGGUCUUCAGACCUGAAUUGGAACCUGCAGGACCCUGAACAGGUCACUAUCAUCAGGGUUCAACUGUGACAUCACUGUGUAUUUCUUUAUUCUAGUUGGAUUGUACUGUGUCUCUGGUGAGAGAGCAGAGAGAUUCAUGUGAUACAGACUCUGUAGACCUCCACCAAGACCAGACAGUCCUGCACGUCUGCCAGGUCCAGAUCCACAUCUGGAUCCAGAUCCAGAUCCAGAUGUGGAUCUCAACAUGUCUGAGUUUUUACCUCAAAUCCAAACAAACUGACAAAGUGUUUAAUAUGUGAUGAAAGCUUCUGGCUCCGCCUCUCUAACCGAAUCAGAACCAACAGUUUCUACUCUGGACCAGGAUCCAUCCCACAGACAGACAGACAGACAGACAGGUGAAAACAUGAGCUCUGUGAUGGAGGUGAUGAGUAAAUAAAUAUGACCCCUCCCCCACAGUCUCAGGUGUGGGCGGUACCUUCCUUCUCACCUGCUGACCAUGUGGACAUCCAUCUGCUUUUAUGAAUAUUGAGCCCAGAAAUCUGAUUGGAUAAAAUCUUGCUGUAACAGAAGUCCUUUCCAUCAGGUACUGAUACUGAAACCUGGUCUGAGGGGGGUCACAUGACCACAUGUCACUGAUGAUGGCAUCAUCAUUAUUAAGUUUCUACUGUUUUUAGUCCAACACACUAAGAUUAUUUAAAUAUUUAAGUGCAAUUCAACUGGUUUAGUCCAAAGAUGGAUGAAUGAUGAUGGAUGGAUGGAUGGAUGAUGAUGGAUGGAUGGAUGGAUGGAUGGAUGGAUG